AUGAUCUUGUCCUAUUUGGUACUGAUAUCCCCGGUCCUUGUGUCAGCUACUCCAUCUGCCACAACAACUUGCGCACCGGGAGGCUACCUGUCAGUCCUAGCUGACUUCGAUCUUCAACUGCCUAUUGCGACCUCUAGCGGUGGAACUGCCGAACAGAUUCCCGCAACGAAAUUGGCCGGCUGCAAUGGCUACCAGAAUGCAGAUUGGUUCUACUGGAACACAGCCAGCUCGUACCUCGUUAUGAAGGCUCCACCAACUAGUACUCCAUGUGCCAAAACAUCGGGCAGUAAGCAUUGUCGUACGGAGCUCCGAGAGGCUCAGCCUUCGAGCUGGAGUCCAUCCGGGACCAACACUAUGACCGUCAAGCUCCAGGUCGCGCAAGCCGAUGAUGGCAACUAUGGCACCGUGAUCGGGCAGGUGUUUUCUGCGAGCUUCUCCAAGCCCAUCAUUGAGUUAUACUACAAUCCGGGAGGAGUUGUGACAGUCGGGCUCGAAACAACAACAUCUGGAGGACUUGAGAAUUUCACCCAAAUCGGGACAAUCCCUGAGAAGACAGUCUUCACGUACGAGCUGAACUACUCUAACGAUGAGCUUUCAGUGUCGCUCAAUGGUGGCGAAGCCAACCAUUUUGCUGUGACGCAAUUGGGUACGCCAGACGCUUAUUUCAAAGUCGGCGACUAUAAUCAGGGCACGAAUGUCGCUAGCGAGGUUGACAUAAUAUCCAUUGAUAUAGUGCAUUCUUGA